CCCCUAGUAACCAUGGCUGAGAUGGAGGAGUUCUCCCCCAUGCCCCCGCGGCGCACCCCACGCCGUACCCCCCGUGUGCUGCGCCUGGACCCGGCCCUGCUCCAGCGGCGGGUGUUGGAGGACCAGGUGGAACUGUGGUGGUUCCGCGAGCCGCGGCGCUCCCUGCUCUGCUACUGCAUCUCAGUGAGCUUCGUCCUGGGCUUGGGGCUGGGCGGUGUAGGCCUCCUCUCCACCACCACCAGCCUGUCCGGGGAGUGGCGCCUGGGUGUGGGCACCAUGCUCUGCCUCCUAGCUCUGGCUGUCCUCCUCAAACAGCUCCUAAGCUCCGCCGUCCAGGAUAUGAAUUGCGUUCGCAGCCGGAGGCGGAUAGAGUUAAUGAAGAGCGGUGGGCGGGCGGACCCGUUGGUCAUCCUUUUCACCGGGAUGGCAUUGGCACUCUGCGGAGGGGUCCUACUCUACAUGUCGCUGGCCAGCGGGCACCAUGGGCCCGGGCAGCGCCACAGGGAUAUGUUCCUGUCCGGGGUGGUGCUACUGUGGGCAGGGGGCGCCACCGGGCUGGCGGUGGCCGGGUACUUGCUGGUGGUGCACCUCCAGCAGAGGAGAGAGAGGAGGAUGUUGCAGAGGCGGAGGAGGGGAGGGAGGGGGUUGCGGGACAGGGCAGUCAGGGUGUUUACAGUCUCCUCUAGUAGAACUAGCCUCAUCUGAGAGAGCAGACCUGGGUCUUGUUCAUUAGGCACCAAACAGCGUUGCCCUAAUGAACACUACCCUUGGUUCAAAUAGUAUUUGUAUUUCUUUAAAAUACUUGAGCUGUGCUUGAUUGAGCAAUGGGACCAGAGCCAUAAAAACUGUAUACAUCCCAUGUCUGCUGAAGAAGAGAGGAGAGGAAAACAAGUGAGGAGAGGAGAGCAGGAGGUGAGAAGAGGAUUGGAGAGGGAGGAAAGUUAGGAGAGAAGAGAUGAGACUAGGGGACUUAAUAGAUGACGGGACUUGAGGGGAGGGAAAGAUAGGAAAAGGGUAUCACCACUCUCUCUCCCUGGUCUGUAACAGAGUCCUGUGUUUGUUGCUGGCACUGUGACUGCGUCAUCCUGUUGACUAAUGCCCACUGCAGACCGUGCCCACUAUGCCCACUGUGCCAUUCACCGCUGCUGUGUUGUGGGAACCAGGCUGUGCAGGGUGACACCAGCCCCACGGACCCCCAGGACCCUCAGUCAGACCAGCCAUUGUUUCUGUCAGUGGCAGUAUGAGUGCUACACUGCCGUCGUCACAAACAAGCCACUCGCAGGGAGGAGACCCGACCAAGUCACAUGGUUCUAGUUUGUCUGUGUUGUUUUGACUCACGUGUCCUAUUUUAUGUUAUUAUAUUGACCCAAAUAUUUGUAUAUCGGAAGGUGCCGGAACAAAAAGAGAGCACGAAGGCGGGUGACCUGGGGGGCUCUGAGGUACUGGAACGCAUGACAAAAAAGAUUCACAUUUAUAAUAAAGCAUUGCGUUCAUAUCGUCGCAUUGCCUAGUGGCAUAGAGUAGAGGCGCUUACAGAAGUUGUACACAUGGGGAACAUUUUUAGUAGCCUAGGUUCUGGGAAAAAUGUGACCUUUUAUAAACGCAUUUCAUGCAACUCUACGUACUUUUACAACUGCAGACUUUGGCAGAAUAUUUUUUAAUACCACACAAAUUAUUGAAAUGACAAGCUAAUUUGACACUGACAAACUGAAAAUCCGAGUUUAUUAAAAAACGACCUAGUCUUGAAUUCAUCGAUAGCCUAGGCCUAGAUGUGUGGAGACACACAUAUUGUACAAUAUGAGGAAGAAAUUCCAGUCCUAAAAUAGCUUUCCAGUUCCACUGACUAACCCAUUGAUGUGCACUCGUGGCAAAAGCCCAUCUCUUUCUUAUUUUACUUUGUAAAACAAUGCUGUUCGCUCAAUAGGCCUAUUUGGAAGUUGAUCAAA